AUCAUAUCAGUCUUGCUGCGAAUUCCACUCUCUUCCCUGCUCCGUCAACCCAUAUUUCGGCAAUCCUCGAGACAACAUCAAUCUCGUCCACCAAACGACCACCAUGUCUACCUCCGAGCUUGCUGUUUCCUACGCGGCCCUGAUCCUCGCCGACGAUGGCGUCGAGAUCACCGCCGACAAGCUUAACACCCUCAUCAAAUCCGCCAACGUCCCUGAAGUUGAGCCUAUCUGGGCCCAGCUCUUCGCCAAGGCUCUCGAGGGCAAGGAUGUCAAGGACCUUUUGACCAACGUCGGCUCUGGUGGUGGUGCCGCCGCCCCUGCUGCCGGUGGUGCUGCUGCCGGUGGUGAGGCCGCUGCUGAGGAGAAGAAGGAAGAGAAGGAAGAAGAGAAAGAAGAGUCCGACGAGGACAUGGGUUUCGGUCUUUUCGACUAAACAGUUUACCUCAACUGUGUUCAACCGCGCUGGUUGCCUUUCUCAAAAACAUCCUUUUUCUUCGAUCCUUUUUUCCACCUCCCUCUCAACCUAUGUACUCGAUAAUCUGUGCAAACGAAUCUCAUUGCAGAAUCGGAGAUAUAGAGAGCACUCUUCGGUUCAUGAAUUGCAUGAUGGCGCAAACCAUUUUUCUGCUCUAUUAGCUUUGCUUGUUGACACAUGGUGGUCGUAUACGGUGGAAACGGCAAAGACGAAUAUAAAAAAAAACUGGAAAUUCUUGGGGCCGCUCAACUGCAGCUUUUGCUGGCAUGAUACCAACCUAAAGUAAUAUGUGUAGCUUCAUGUUGUCGUUUGUGUGGAUUCCAGUUCGGGAAUGUGCUAUGACGAACAGAAUUAUGCUAUGAAAUUUAUAGUCCUCAUCCCUGGU